UUAGGUUCACAGUUUGACAGUUUUUUUUUGGGGGGGGGGGAUGACCAGGAUGAAAUUCCACAAAAUUAGUUUUUGAAACAAAAACAAAUCUGACGCACAAUUGUGAGAUAUUGAAGGACGCUUCAAAACGAACCGGCAGUUUGCGGACGUUAGCCUACAGGAUAGUUAGCAUAGCCAGCUAAUGUUAGCUACAUCAAAGACAAAAACAGUUAACAAUUAUCUUAACGGUUUAUUUUUAUUUCAAUGAUUUGUCGGAGCCGUAUUGAAUGUUAUUGUAUUUAACUAAGUCAAAUGGAUAUUUGCGAGUAUGGACAGCUUCAAAGUGGAUCCAGAGAUAUAAAUGCCGGUAAUAUGGAGCGGGAUGUGGUUCUCCGGGCGGGCAGCGACCAUCCUGUCACCGGCGACCUGAGAACACUGCACAACCUGACGGCCUUAGAGAAGACCUUCCCGGUGUCUCCUUACUAUGGCAAGGUCCAGACAGACAUCCAGCCAUGCAUGCGGAGGAUACUGGCAGUGUGGAUGUUUCAGGUGUGUGAGGAGCAGAAAUGUGAAGAGGAGGUGUUUCCGCUGGCCGUGUGUUACCUAGACUGUUACCUGAGCCGUUUCGCCACUGAAAAGUCCAACCUGCAGCUUUUAGGGUCUGUUUGCAUGUUUCUGGCCUCCAAAAUGAGAGAGACUGUCCAUCUGACUGCCAGCAAGCUCUGUAUCUACACAGACAACUCCAUUUCAGUCUCAGACAUCCUGCAGUGGGAGGUGGAUGUGGUGUCCAGGUUAGACUGGUGUCUGGCGUCUGUGGUACCCUCUGACUUCCUGGAGCCAGUUCUUCAUGCUCUCCCCUUUGUUCGGCCCCACCACUUUCCUAAUAUGCGCAGGCAUGUUCACUCCUACAUUGCUCUGGCAGCCACUGACUGCAGGUUUUCAGUGUUCUUGCCCUCCACUGUUGCUUGUGCCUGCGUGAGCAUUGCCACGCAAAGGCUGAAGUUAGUGGACGCUGCAGUCUCCUCUGAUUCGGUGAUGACGUUUUUGGCCAGCCUUUUGGCCAUUGAUCUGAGCGCUGUCCUCCUCUGCUAUGACCAGCUAGGGAGUGUGUUGGAGCUCAGCCUGCCCUCUGGUUUCCAGGCUAGUGUUUGCAGAUCAAGAGCACACAGCUCAGAGAUCAACUACACCCCUGCUGACUUUCAGGAUGUUGUAUUGACACCAGUGACAUCACCCCAGGAAAUCAAGCUAAAACACUCCUCCCUCACAUGAAUGGCUAGAAGAACAUGUACAGCCACGAAACAGACCGAGAAGCCUAAAUAUCAGGCGAAGUGUGUCUAAAUGCCAUUUCUCCUUAAUCUUAAUUGUUCUUUGCAAGUUGAUUGUUUUGGAGAUCCCUCUACAACGUGUAGUGCUACUACAGUUUGAGAUUUGUUUUAAAUGUCAAUCCUGUUGCUGCUCGUUUUAAAGUAUUUUGUCAUUUCUAAAGCAGCUUUGAACGAGAAUAUGAUUCAGGAAACAACUUUGUGAUAUUUACAGUUGAAGUGCAUUGAAUCCUAAUAGCAAAUGUUUGCACAUUUUAAAAAGGUUAUAUCUCGUAUUCAUAUAUAUAUUUAGCACUUAUCUGGAUUAAUUGAAAUGUAAUAUUAACUUUAUAUCUGGACGGUUCUGUGGAGUGUGAAUAUGUUUGUGCUUGGUUUCAACACAGUACUGAAUUCCCUUGUGGCUAUAAGUCAAUACUGUUAAACGACAUAAAAGAUGAUAUAAAACAUUUGUAUGCAAGUCAUGAACGACGUCAGCCAGCACUUGAGUUCCGUG